AUGGACAGCGACCGGCACUACCUCCUCGCGUCCCCACUACCGUUCUGGGCGCUGCCCCCAGCGCUCGUCUUAACGGGCCUGUCAUUCGGCGUGGUAACGAUGUCGAGCCUCUUGGUGGCCUACGGGCACCGGGAGCUGAAUUUGACGUUUGCGGCCCACAUCGCUGGAUCUGGCGCGUACCUCCUCCUUGCCGCGGUAGCAGGGUACUUGACACGUCUGAUGCGUGUCCCCCCUCCCUCCCCAUCUUCCUCACCGUCCCCGCCCCCGCCCCCGUCCCCGUCUUCUUUCCCGCCCCCGACUCUCCACAGGUUCCAGUACCGCGUCAUAGCGGACGGCGUCGACUGGUUGCUCCUGCCGAGCCUCGUGUGCCAGGGCUGGUCGGCGAGCAUGGCAGCAGCCCAUUUCGCGGGCCCAGAAUGGCGAUCGCGCGGCAUCGUGAUCGUGUACGUCGCGCAGGUGCUCGCGCUCGUAGGCUCGGCGUGGCACCUGCGCUGUCUGAGAUGGGAGCGGCUGCGGCACGAGCAGAAGAUGAUUGUGUAG